ACAUCAUCAACCCCGAAGCACAUCCUUGGAUCCACAAACAAUUGCUUCAGCUGUACAGGUAUCCUGUCUUUCAUUCUCAAAUACCCGUUUCCUUGCCAUCUUAAGCGACAAUCUCAAGAUCGAGUCUCUCCUGCAUUCUAUUUUUAUCUCUGAUCCACGUUGUUGUUUCCCCACAGGAUCAAAGCUUAAGUUCAGAUCUGUUCAAAGCUUCAGACUUCAUUCCCAGCAGAGAUGAGCAGCGCUCAAACCGACGCACAGAAGAUCCGGGGAAGUGUGCUUUGUUCUCCCAGAUCCUCGACAAUCAAAAGCCACGGUCUACGCCACAGAAAGCAAUGUCUAACUUCCAGACCCAACUCGGAAAUGCAUCCUCCCGAUCACUGACAGAAGCAGGUACCAUGUACGAAGAAGGUUAUCGUACAUCAAAUAAGCUCAUUAUAAUCGGCAGUUGAGCUGGAAAGAUGUCAGGAUGUUUACUCUUUGUCUCGGUCAAAUAAUUUCUUGACCCCAUCCGGAAUGGCUUCACCCGAGAGACUCGAGUAUCCGCUCUACCUCCAAAGAGCUCGUCGCCGAAGUCUGGAACGCGGGCAAUUGGCAUCCGGACAACUUGACAGCCUUCGCCAUCGGUACGGGUCUUUGACUCGACCAAAAUAGUUUCCUGUCUGCCACCUGUCUAUCAGUCGGAUCAAAACAUCAAUUCUUCCGGGUCGAUCCAUCCCGCCAUCUGUCGUUUCUCUUAUCUGAACAGUGCACCCUACCUCCACCUACCCAAACAAAAAAUCCAACCUUAUCCCAAAAUCCCUCAUGUUAUUCGAUUCACGAAACAAUAUCGCCGCGAUCUCGACUCAUCUCACGUUUCAAGAGUCACGUUUUCGGACCGUGGUGGGAUCCUGGUCUCCUCGAUUCGCUGCAGCUUGCUGUUUCAAACGCCAAGCUGCCUCGGCAGUGUCACAACCCCACGGCUGUGACCACAUCUAAACACCCAGACACGGACUUGAGGCCAUCCAAUGGAUUCGGACUAGAUAUGGUGUUGUCUUAACUGAUGAGUUAUUGGUCUGGAGGAUAAUCUCGUGGGAUUUGUGAUGGAUGACUGUGAGGGGCCUGAUUGGGCGGCGGUUUGACGGCACCUCGUCUUGAUGCAUGUUUGACAAGAUGGUGCUGGAGGCGAGAUACACUAGCUCGACUGCUGCAGCACGGGUACCUGUUUGGAACGAAGCUUGACACUUGAUCUUCCGGGAGCCCCAGAGGUUUUGGGAUGGGUCGCCGUUUUGGCUUCUCUGGUUCAGAUCAGUGGGAAGUAUAUCUACAUCUCUACCCCUCUACUAACCUUACUCGUCACCCUCGCACUUUCGUCAGGCCUCGAAGGUCCCGGUCCAGGUCGACCAUAGGCUUGAAGUCUAGUCCCUUCAAUCAACUUGAUAUGGGGGUUCACGGAAUGCUUCAGCGGAGGGGUAGACGGUGGUUGUGGGAGCGUGCUGAUGAAGAUGGGGAUGGAAUUGACGAUGGAGAUGCCGGUGGUUCAUCGGGUCCUGGACCUGGACCUGGAGCUGGCACCGGGCCAGGCCCUGGACCGGCCAACAAUAACAAUAACAACAACAAAGACAAAGGACCUGGAAAACCGCCAGGUCCACCAGGCCAAGCAGCCAAGACUACAAUUGAUACGACUUCCACGACUUCCACGACUUCGACGACUUCCCAGGAAACCACAACGACGACGUCGAGCACAUCUACGACCAGUUCGCAGGAAGUAGCUACCACUACGAGUACUACAUCUCAAGAACCACCUACGACCACUUCCUCGAGCGAAUCGACAACAUCCACGACUUUUGUUCUCCUGACAUCAAGUACCCCACUCCGUACUAGCACUUUCUCGCUAUCUCAGACUUCUUUUCCAUUCUUUCCUCCAGUGGCAACCUUCUCCCUUGUGUCAACUUCAGUGUUCUCGACACCACUGUUGGCGAGUACUAUACCAUUCUCAACGCUUUCCCAAGCAUCAGUGCCACCAACCUUCGCCCCUGUGAUCUUCACCCCUCCACCAUCAUCAUCUCCUCCGACUCAAUCUCAGAGCAAUGGCAAUGCCUAUUUACCGACGGUGCUAUCGACCUUUUCAUCAAGAUCCUCAAGCAUUUCUUCGGCAUCUCCUUCGCGCCCAGCUAUGAGUGCGGCCUAUGGAAUUUCGUCAGGAGAUUCGGCACCAACUGCCACAGUGAUCGGAAUUGGUGUGUCCAUUGGAGUUAUCACGGUUCUUAUCUCCGGACUUCUACUUUUUUUCUUACGCCGGCGGUGGAAACAUCAAGCAUAUCUUACCCGUCGCACAACAGCAUCCACUUCCCAAUCAUUCUGGGACAGAGUAUCUGGACUGCCACCGAACCUUGACAAGAAACCACUUCCACCCAUCAUCAAGGCUUCGCCCUAUACGCAAGACUUCAACUCAUACUCGCCAUUGUCACCGCUACCUGUGCAGAGAGAGUUUGACACGUCUUUCAUCGAUGAACAUGUUGGCAUGCCACCACCAGCCCUCUUCAUCCCCCCAGUCAUGACCAACGCAAGACCAGUCCCACCACCAAUCAUCACCAACCUAGCCUACUCCCCUCCCACUCAAGCUCAACAAGCACUCCGUCUCGAACCUACCACCACACAACCCUACGGCACAACAACCACCAUCCGGACCGGCCCCCUCUCCCUCUCCUGGUUCCUCGGCAAACCCUCCAAGAUCCCCAUCCCCUCCCCCAACAGCCCCAAAUUCAUCCCUCCCACCGGCUACGGCCUCGGCCUCUCCAGCAGCAGCCAGGAUCUCGAAAAACAAGCCAUGGACAAACGAAUCACCCAAAUGGAAUCCGACAUGGACGAGCAAGAACAGCGCUGGGAAUCCUCCCGCCGAGAAAUGUCCCAACGUCAAAGCGGUCUCACAGAACCCAAUCAAAACUCACUGAACCGCCAAACCCUCCAAAGCGAAGGCUGGGAAAGUGGCAUCGGAGACGCAACGAGCGCUCGUUUCCUCAGCGGCCUAGGAAGUGAAACUACUGGCCGCGACUCCGUCACUAUCCAAAAUGCAAGGCUGGAUUUCAUCCAGCCGAUUACAAGGGAGCAGAUCAUGCAGAGUGAGAUGGGUAUGGAUGUCGAAGCUGAGAUGAGGAGGGUGGAGCAUGCAAAGCGCGCGAAAUGGGAGAGUAGUCCGGAUAGUUUGAAUGAGUUGCCCAGGUGGAGAGAUCCCGUGCUGAGUAUUUUUGAGGAGGUUAGAGGGAGGACUUCGGGUGAUAAGGAGAGGAGUGCUGAUGAUGGUGGACAGGGGCCGGUUAGUCCACGGCGGAUUGUGUGAGGAUGGACCAAAAGCCUUGGAGUAGAGCCGCAAACUGGCGGCACACUUUCUCUUCUUUCACUUCUUUCACCUCGUGAUUUGGUGUUUUAUCCAGACACGAGACUGUAUACUAUUUAUCUACCUUCAGCAUAAAAGCUCAAUGCUGCGAAUCAUUCUCUGAAUACCGAGCAAUCUUGC